ACCCAGUGUCGGUAUCUGUUGCCACACACGGAGCGAGAGCCACCCCAGGUGAUCGUCAGAACAGCUGGCCCGCACGGGAGGCGCAGCACCGGGUAGCCGCAGAGCCAAGAGCGGGCAGCCGAGACAGGCGGGGACGGGAUGCACGGGCCAUCUGCCCCUGCAAGGUUCUGGCCGGGCCUGCUCGUCAUGUUGGGCGCUCUCUGCCCUGGCAGCUCGCCAUGCGGCAUUUCGACACACAUAGAAAUCGGCCACAGAGCCCUGGACUUGCUCCACCUCCAGGACGGGCCCGUCGACUACAGAGAGCUGUUGCUUGAACAUCGGGAUGCGUACCAGGCUGGAGCCGUGUUUCCCGACGCGUUCUACCCCAGCAUCUGCGAGAGAGGGCGCUUCCACGAGGUGUCUGAGAGCACCCACUGGACCCCCUUCCUCAACGCGAGCGUUCACUACAUCCGGGAGAACUACCCCCGUCCCUGGGAGAAGGACACGGAGAAGCUGGUGGCCUUCCUGCUCGGAGUCACGUCUCACAUGGUGGCAGACGUCAGCUGGCACAGCCUGGGCGUCGAGCAGGGGUUCCUGAGGACCAUGGCAGCCAUCGACUUCCACGGCUCCUACUCCGAGGCGCACUCGGCCGGAGACUUCGGCGGCGACGUGCUGAGCCAGUUCGAGUUUAACUUCAACUACCUGGCGCGGGACUGGUACGUACCCGUGGAAGACCUCCUGGGCAUCUACCAGAAGCUCUACGGCCGCGAGGCCAUCAGCAGAAACGUCAUCGUGGACUGCACCUACCUUCAGUUCCUGGAGAUGUACGGUGAGAUGCUGGCCGUCUCCAAGCUGUACCCCACUUUCUCCCUCAAGUCCCCGUUCCUGGUGGAACAAUUCCAAGAGUACUUCCUCGGCGGGCUGGAUGACAUGGCGUUCUGGUCCACCAACAUCUACCGCCUGACCAGCUACAUGUUGGAGAACGGGACCAGGGACUGCCACCUGCCGGAGAACCCGAUGUUCAUCACCUGCGGCGGCCAGCAGAACCGGACUCGCCAGAACAGCAGUUCACACGUGCAGAAAAGUGACUUUCAUAGGAAUCUGACUGCAUCCCUCACCAGGGAGACCAGGAAAAACAUAAAGCACACCAAGCGAGGGGUGGUCUUCAGCGUGGACUCCUGGACCUCGGACUCCCUGUCCGUCAUGUACCGGACUCUGGAGAGGAACCUGCGGAUGAUAUUCACGGGCAGCUCCCAGCGGCCCCGGAACCACGUGUCCAGCCCUCUGGCGUCUUACUUCCUGUCGCGUCCCUACGCCAGGCUCGGCUGGGUGAUGACCUCGGCCGACCUCAACCAGGACGGGCACGGCGACCUGCUGGUGGGCGCCCCGGGCUACAGCCGCCCCGGCCACGGCCACGUGGGGCGCGUGUACCUGGUCUACGGCAGCGACCUGGGCCUGCCCCCCAUCGACCUGGACCUGGACGAGGAGGCCCACGGGGUCCUGGAGGGCUCCCAGCCCGCAGGUCGCUUUGGCUCGGCCUUGGCCGUGCUGGACUUCAACAGGGACGGCGUGCCCGACCUGGCUGUGGGCGCCCCCUCCGUGGGCUCGGCACAGCUCACAUACAAAGGCGCGGUGUACGUCUACUUCGGCUCCCGGGAGGGAGGACUCUCGCCGUCCCCCAACGUCACCAUCUCCUGUCAGGACACACACUGCAACCUGGGCUGGACGCUGCUGGCCGCCGACGUGAACGGAGAUGGCGAGCCCGACCUGGUGGCCGGCUCCCCCUUCGCGCCGGGCGGAGGGACGCAGAGGGGCGUGGUGGCCGCGUUCCACUCCCGCCGCGGCCGCAGCAGCAGAGCGAACCUGACCGUGGCGGCGGCCGACUGGCUGGUGCGGGGCGAGGAGGACUUCGCCUGGCUGGGGUUCGCCCUCCACGGCGUCGGCGUGGAGAACAGGACGCUGCUGGUGGUGGGGAGCCCCACCUGGAAGAACGCCAGCAGCCUGGGCUUCUUGUCUCGCACGCACGACAAGCAGCAGAGCCUCGGACGGGUGUACGGCUACUUCCCGCCGCGCUGCCGGAGCUGGUUUACCAUCUCCGGGGACAAGGCGAUGGGGAAGCUGGGCACCUCCUUGUCCAGCGGCCACGUGGUGAUGAACGGGACCCGGAAGCCGGUGCUGCUGGUUGGGGCCCCGACGCACGACGACGUGUCCAAGAUGGCCUUCCUGACCAUGACCCUGCACCAAGGGGGAGCCACUCGGAUGUACGAGCUGACCCCCGACUUCCAGCCGUCCCUGCUCAGCACCUUCAGCGGAGACCGCCGCUUCUCCCGCUUCGGGGGCGCCCUGCACCUGAGCGACCUGGACGGCGACGGCGUAGAUGACGUCAUCGUGGCGGCUCCCCUGCGGAUAGCAGACGUGACCUCCGGGCUGAUCGGGGGAGAGGACGGCCGCGUCUACAUCUACAACGGCAAACACACCGUCUCUGGCGACGUGACAGGCAGAUGCAGGUCCUGGGUGUCACCGUGUCCGGAGGAGAAGGCCUGGCACGUGCUCACCUCCCCGGAAGCAAGCUCGAGGUUUGGGAGCUCCGUGGUCACUGUCCGGUCGAAGGACAAGAACCAAGUCGUCGUGGCUGCUGGAAGGAGCUCCUUGGGCGCCAGGCUCUCCGGGGCCCUGCAUGUCUACAGCCUCCGCUCAGACUGACGCCCUGCCCCACGGCCCUGCCCGUGUCCCCGAGGCGUCCCCAGGGGGGCGUUCUCGUGGACCAGGGGGCACAUCCCCUGAGCCUCGGUGGACCCCUCGAGGAGGCAAGGCUCCUGGGAGGGCAGACACGCACGGCCGGACUGUCUGGACGACACAGGCUGCCACCCUCGCUUCCUCUGCGGCUAAACCUGUCCUGCUCGCUGCCCGUGCCUGCUGACGUGUGCCGCCUGCUGUCCCUCUGGCUCCCUUAGGAAACCUCCACGCGGCUCCACCAAACAGUGUCCUCUGAAGGUGGUGACCCCUCCUGUCAAAGGGAAGCGGGGAGCAUAGGGAACGGGGAGAGUUAAGGGGAGCAGGGUGGCGAGCCGCUUGGUCCCGGCUUCCUGUGGGUGCCUGCCUUCUCCAUGGGGCACGUAGUGAAGGGCCAGUGUAGAGACCAAACAUCACUGUCACCUGCUUCUGGGGAGGGGGCUGCGCUGACACCUGAUGAACUUAGGGACCCUCCAAUCCCAGGUUUCAGACCCCACGGCAUGUGAACUGGUGCCCUGGGUUCUGUCGUCUUCAGGAAGAGCCUCCCUGAGACACUGCAGGAAGGGGUGGGGCGGGAGAAAGGGACGGUUCGGGGACACGGGGGUCCGGGAGGAACUAAAGCGCAGGUGACUGUGCACGGGCAGACGGGCCGGCGUGUCCCCAGUGGCCGUGCAGAAAGCGCAGGGGAAGGUCUGUCACCCAGGACGCAGACGCCGCCCUGCCCCAUCACGCAGCUGCACAUCAACAGGCGUGUUCACAUGUGCCCGUUCUUUACUGGGGGUUAAUUUUCCUCGAUGCCUGAACGUACCCGAGAACAAGCGCCAGGUGGGGAGGUUAGUAGUAGCUGGAAGCAAGUUUCUCACGGGAGUUACAGGACUUCACACUUAGCCCCUGACCCACCUUCACAAACGAUGUCCCUGGUACUCCGGUCAGCCUGCGCGACAGAGCUAACACAGGACAAUGUCUGUCCCAGUAGGUGGGCUAAAUUUUCA